UCAUGGUCAUUUUGACGUCUGCUCGGUUUGCUCUCAGGUCUCAGCACGUUUCUAAUGUUAUGCGAAAAGAGAGAUUUUUUUAUCAAUUAAAAAAACGUUUUGUUUUUGUUCACCAGUUUUGCAAUUGAAUUUGAAGAUAUUUUCUGUUAUUCGAUCGUCUCUUAGAGAAAUAGCCUGGAUACUGAAGAUAUUGAAGAAAUCGAAGAAAAAUUACUCCCAGUCAUCUUUUGUCGAUUUUCUUCUAAGCAGUGAAGAAAUAAUAAAAAGCGCGGAAAUUUAUGAUGUCGAACCGAAAGAGAACUCGUUCAGGAACGUUAAAAAAUACCGAAGAUACAGCGACAACUGAAGAAACAAUGCCUAGUGAAGAAACGAAUGACUUAAUUAAAAGAGCAAAGAAUAGCGGAAAGUCACCUUUAAUUCUGGCUAUUACAGAAAAUAAGACGCAAAUUGUUCGCGAACUUUUGGACACUAAACUGAAAACUUACAAGAGGUUAAAUUCACCGCUAACGCCGCUUCAAUAUGCAGCACAAUUCGGGAAUUUGGAAAUUAUUAAACUUCUAUUCGACAAUGGUUUUAAUGAAAUAGAACUGAAAAAAACGAAUAAAGAAUCGCCUCUCUCUUAUGCCGUGGAACAUGGUAAUAUUGAUGUUAUAAAAUACUUGUCCGAAAAUGGCGAGAAGGAAAAAUUGUCAAAGCAAGAGAAACAAGUUCUUAUUCGCAAGUGUAUUCAAAAUGAUCGAGUGGAUAUUGUAAAGUGUUUAGUUGCCGAUAAGGAAGGUAUCAAUGAAGAGGAUUCGAAUUCAGAAACAUUGCUUCAUUUUGCCGCGUCUCUUGGUCGAGUGGAGAUAUUAAAGUACUUAAUAGAAAUUGGUGCGGACUUGUACGUGAAGACGGAUUAUAAUGAAACUCCACUUCAUUAUGCGAUUAGGGGACAGAAAGUGAAAGCAGUUGAAGAGCUUUUAAAAUUAUGUGAAGUCAAAGAAGAAAAAUAUGAUACACUAUUUAGUGAUUUAGCGGUUCACAUCGCAGCCGAAGUUGGGAAUGAAGAAAUAUUCCGUAUGCUUCUAGCAGCUGGUUACUCUACCGAAAGUUGUUUUCAAUCCAAAAAUCCAAUUCAUCGUGCUGCUGCAUUCGGUCAGUGGAAAAUUAUAAAGAUACUCGUUGACUCUGGCAUUGACAUCACUAAAAGAACAAAAAACCAUGAAACACCUUUGCAUUUUGCCCUCACUUCUGGCGAAUUAUCAGCAGUGGAAUAUCUUCUAAAAUCCGGAGUCAGUUUAUUGAAGGAGAAAGAUGAUUAUCACUAUCCAUCACCUUUGGAAAAUUAUCUCUUGGACAAGGAAAAGUGGAAUUCGCAAUUCCCAUUGAAUCUAAUGAUAGAACGUCAAGUAAAAAUCCUCCGAUAUGUACUUAAUUCUUUUUCGCAAAAUCAACUCAACGAAUGUUUAAGAUCAGCUAUAGUUUCCACAUUAGAUCCUUCGGCACCAGAAGAAUUGUUAUACGUUCUCCUUGAAUACAGCAAUGGAAACUGUAAAAAUGUCCUCAGUCGUUAUAACUGUAAAAAAAAUUCAGCAAUUAUUAUCGAUCACAUCGAAAAAGUGGACAUACUCACCAAAGAACUAAAUAAUACCCUAGAAUAUUCGUCAUUCGAAAAUACGAAUUACUCGGAAUAUAAAACAUUCUGUCAGUUAAUAGUCGCUCGAAUUGCUCUCUUGUUGUCGAUUUCGAAAAAUGAAAAACUUUCCAAGCACUUGAGUUCUUUGUCAACAUUUUCCAUUGCAAAUUAUUAUCUAUUGUGUAAGCAGCAAUUGACCGAAAUGCAAAGUAAAAAAAUUCACGAAGACUUCGAUGUAACUUAUUAUGAUAUUUUAAAAAAACCUAUCGAAAAUAUCGCGAAUUAUACAAAGUAUGAAAAAAUGAUAACGAGCUUAGAAUCAACGUAUGCGCAUUUUUCAGCGUACUCCGGAUUUUUUAAAACACGGAUCGAAAAAGGUAGACAAAGAAAAGAAUUGAUCGACUCAACUGUUCAUUGUUUAUUCAACAUUGUUGUAAAAAAUCAUAAAAUCGAAUUACCAUGUUUGGUGAUAAUGGAAAUUUUCCAAUCUUUAUCAACAAUUGAUCUUCGAAAAUUUAUUCAAGCCUGUUCGUAAUUAACUACAAAAAAAAUUCGGUUUUCAGUUUUUAAAAAAAAUUCUAAAUACUCGUCGUUUUGUUAAAAAAAAAAUAUAAAACCUAUACAGAUUUGAGAUUUGAUUUGAUUUGAUAUUUCAAAAUAUAUGUACUAAUAUAUAAAAUAUAUUUUAAGUUGUAUUGUUAAGAAUUUAAUUUUUCUUACUCCAUUAAAAAAAAGAUUCAUUUCUAAGAAAAGAAGUACCUAAA